AUGGCAAUCACCAAAGCUUCUCCGAAAUCUGCCCACAAGGCACUGCCGCUCUCAGCCAACCUCUCGAACCUACUUCCUACCGGCACCGUCUUUGCAUUCGAAGCCAUUAUACCUUCAUUCUCCAACAAUGGAAGAUGUGAAAUGGCUCAUAAAUACAUCACUUUAGGUGCCAUUAUUUUAUGUUCACUCGCUUGCUUCUUAUCUUCUUUCACUGACAGUUUCAUAGGUAGCGAUGGCAAGCUUUAUUAUGGAAUUGCCACCAUCAGUGGACUUUGGGUUUUCAACGGUGAACUGGAUGAUGAUUUCGGUUUGGACGACCCAAGAGAAGCCGAGGAAAUAUUAAGGAAAUAUAGGCUUACACCCAUUGAUUUUGUUCAUGCUGCUUGUGCUUUAACAUUGUUUUUAGUCAUGGCUUUUAGUAGCUAUGAUGUUCAGCGUUGCUUUUUCCCUAGACCGGGACCUAAUGGUAAUGCAUUGAUAACAAAUCUGCCAUUAGCGGCUGGGAUUUUGGCUAGUGGAUUGUUCAUGCUUUUCCCCACCAAACGAAGAGGGGUUGGGUAUGCUGACAAGCCCGAUCGUGAUGAUAUAAAACAAAAUAAUAAGAUUGAUAACUCAAAAUGA